GUUAAACAAAAAAAGUAUAGUUAUAAUAAUAAAUAUCGAUCGAUAUAUAUUGACAAGUAUAAUAACGUCAUCAUCGAAUCUAUUUUGUAUUCGAAUUCUUCGAAAUUUCACAAAAAUUCGGUUUCAACACAAAGACGAAAUCGAUCAUCUUGUGAUUGUUUGUUUGUUUGUUUGUUUAUUCAUUCAUUUGUGUGUUGUGUGUUUUGUCAAUCUUUUUUUUACAACAACAAUCACCAAAUUGAAAGGAAUUUUUGUUUUUGGAUCAAGAAAACAAUACAAAAAUAGCCGACUGUUGUUUCGGUUGUUAACUUGUUUAUAGAACCACCACCACCACCACCACUCCCAAAAUCUGCAGAAAAAUUAUUAUCUGCAGUGGGUUUUAUCAAUCAUCAAUCAAUCAAUUUAAAAAAUUUAUUAAUAUGUGAAUUAAGUGUUUUUGUUCAAAUGAAUCAUGUCUACAGUGUCACCAUUAUCUUCAACAACAACAACAACAACAACAUCAUUGAAUACGCAGCAACAGGAGCAGCAGCAACAACAACAACAACAACAGCAACAAUCAUCGAAUAAUAAUAAUAAUAAUACAAGCAGCAAUCAAAUUUCGUCAUCAUCAUCGUCAUCAUCAACGUCGACUAGUUCAAAAUCGAAAACCAAAUAUAAUCCUUUCGAUAUAAACCAAAUUUUCAAAGGAAAAUCAUUGGAAAAUCCAAAAACUUCUGUUAUUGUACCAAAACAUGGCUUACAAACAGUUGGAAAAGUUUUGGUUGGACGUCGUGUACCUCCACCUGCCAAUGUUACAUCAUCAUCAUCAUCAACAACAUCAACAUUGUCAACAACAACAACAACAACGACUACAUCUAACAUUGGAUUAAAUUCAUCAGCAAUCAACGACGAUAAUCAGCAACAAAUAUCUUCAACAACAAAUAACAGUAGUAAUAAUAAUAGUAAUAAUAGCAGCAGCAACAGCAGUACUUUGGACAAUACAAAUAAUCUUAGUUGUUUAAAUACGAAUAAUAACAUUGUUGAAAAUCAUAAUUAUAAUAAUAAUAAUAACGAAAAAAUCGGCGACAGUAUCAAUCAGAAUAAUACGACGACAAGAUUGUUGUCUACCGGAUUAAAUCAAGGUUUACCGAACGAUAAAGAAGAGGAAAGUUCAUCAUCAUCAUUGAAAGGAGAAACAGGCUCAGGAAGCCAAAAAGAUACGACCCAACAUUUAAUCGGUCAACAGCAACAAAAUCCGUCAAAAUGUUCGAUAACGCAAUCUGUUGUGAAUCAUCAUCAUGCCCAAUCUCAUCAUCCUCCUUCUUCUUUUUCACAUCACCAUCCACAACAAAAACAACAACAUCAUCCACAAUUACCACCAACAGAUUUGUACAGUCCAAUGCCUCAAACGACGCAAAAUCAUGCUCAUGCAUACCAACAGCAAUAUCAGAAACAAUUUCAAAAAGAAUUUCCGCCAAUAUCGACUGCUGGUGGCGACGUAGGAGGACGAGACAAAUCUGCAUCGAUUCCCAAAGAAUCGAAUAUUCUUGGUGCCGCAGGAGGAGGAGGAGUCGGCGAGAAUCAUUAGCAACGGAGUAUC